AUGCUUUGGGCUCUCACGCUAGUAGCUGUAGCGGUGCCACUGGUCGCUUCCAUGCACGUCACAAUAUCGUCUGGCGCCUCCGAGUGCUUUUACGUGAAGGCGGAAAGCUACAAACAUGGUAUUUCGCUUAACUAUGAGGUGUUACGAGGCGUGGCGGACGAGCUGGAGACGGAGCUGAGGGACGGCAAGGAAGACGUUGUGUACACACACAAGGGCGCACAGGGACGAUAUGCAAGCCCAAUUCGAGGGGGUGGAAUGCACUCAGUGUGCUUCAACAAUGAUCGUUUACCUGCGGGAGACGUGGUCGUCGGUUUCUCAUUUCACGCAGAUGACCCGAACCACGAAGUGCUGUCCAACGCAGACGCUACAAAAAUCAAGCAAGUGGUGGAGCUGGAGGAUAUGGUUUACGAACUAAGCGUAAAUCUGGACAUGGUCAAAGAUUCCCAAACUUUUAUGGAAACGCUGGCAAACUACCAAGAUCAAUUGAUUACGAGCACCCACGAUCAAAUUAUGUGGUGGACAUUUGUCGAAAUGGCUGUGCUAAUGGCCGUCUCAGUAGCGCAGAUUUCAUAUUUGCGGCGUACGCUUGAGUUGCUCCCUCCACUCCGUUACCGUGACUAUCAACCCAAGGCGAUGGAGAGCUGGACGAACUAUUUUACAACACACUUUUAUGCCAUGAAAGCGCGACCCGUAUCGGCUUUUGACCCGUCUGGCUUCAUCAUCAUCAUCUCUUUUCUUUUGCUGCUCGUGGGGGUUGUGGCCGCUACGACACGUGCGCUUGUUUCCAACCGCGGGCUCGUGCUGCGGUCACGCGUGGAGAAAAAUUUACAGGACAUGUCAGAUUACGUAUUAGACCAACGAAUGCGUGUGGGAGAAAACUUGCAGUAUAUUAAGGUUCGCGCCAUUGACCACUCAGGACGACAAGGUUUCAUUGCUGAAAUGCUCAGCUACGCUUAUCUUUCACGACUCGCAUUUUCGCUGUCAAUAUUUGCUAUUGCCUCGUAUUUAAAUACGUUGGCUGCCGUCAUUGCAGGUUGGCGUACACCUAAUGUUGUAAUUCUUGACCUAGCCAAGGGAAAUACAAAUGUUAAGACCCUUCCAGAUCUUGGACAUGAUCUCUUCAGGUAUGUCAUGACGAAGAUAUACGGCCACACCACGUACAUGGAAUGGUUUGAUCUACCUGACGAGUUUCUUGCGGCUGUGGGUAUGCUGACGUCAUUGAUUAUCAUUCUACACCCGCGGCGGUUGCUGAUCCUACGUCGCUUCUGCUUCAUCUUCGCUAUCAUAAACCUCAUGCGGGCAUGUUGCGUUGCAGUCACGUCGCUACCAGACGCGAGCCCCAUGUGUAUCUCUCAGUUUGACAGCGUAGAACGUGGCACGUACAAAUCUCAUCCGAUAUUUCCUAAAGCUUUUUUUCGCGCUUGGAAGGUGUUGAUCCGCCCGUCACAGCACAUCACAUGCGGUGACAUGAUCUUUAGUGGCCAUGCAGUUUUUCUGGUUCUUUGCUGUAUGUUUGCCAGAACGUAUUGUGAGCGAUCAGAAUUGAACACACCGUUCACCCGGCGUUAUCCCUAUAUCCUCUGGAUGAUUCGCUAUUACAACUAUACUUUGUCGGCCGGUGGCCUCUUUGCUAUUGUGGGCACACGAUUGCACUACACACUUGACGUCUUGAUCGCAAUUUACAUUACAAUUCAAGUAUGGGUCACUUACCAUUGGCUGAUGAACCAUCCAGAGAGCGGUUUUGCUCUCAUCAAUUGGCUUGAACACGCAGAAGUACAUUUGGUUGACAAGAAUGCCUACCGAAAGGCGGGAGGUCUGAGUGAUCGUAUAGAAAAAUCUGACUAG